AUGGCGAAAGAGAAAGCAGACCUCACUGAGCUCUACCAGACGCUCGAGGAGAACUUCUCCCGUUAUUUGGGGGUUUCUCCAAUGUCACAGACCGUUCAUAUCCUCUUGUACAUGGAAAGCUACGAGUACACCCAGUCUCCACAGAGGAAGAGUGAACUCAAAGACAUGCUGGACUGCGAACGCGUUUUCCUAAAUACUCUAGAAGCCAUUCGCAAGCCAGUAUAUGACUUGAUACACCGUGGAGUCAAGGUAGUGAUCACAUGGCAGGAAGAUUCCGGUGAUUACGACAACGACAGGGGAUGUGAAUGUGAGGAGGAUGGCAAGACCCACGAAACUCCCAUGCAGAAUCUCUUUCACCUCAGCAAGGAAGAAUGGGAGCAGGAGAAAGCCGAGGACAUGGGUGUCCAUGAUGAAUGGAAUCCCUUGAAACACUACAAAGAGAAGGGAAUGAUACGAGACUCAUUGAUGGGUCAUUACUCAGGAGGAUUCACCUACAGUCUUCCCGAUUUCAGAAAGCGGUGGCAGUAUCGUUCGUUCGGCAAGCUGAUUCGCAUCGAAAUGCUGGACCUAUUCGAUAGUGAUGAAGAGUCCGGGGUGUGUCCAUGGAGUAGUGAGGAGGAUGGGGAUGGUGAUGACAGCGAUGAUGGAAACGAAAAAAGUGAAGAGGACGACGACGACGAUGAAGAGGGUGACAGCGAAGAGGAGGGGUACGACAGCGAUGAUGGGUAUUGGGACAGUGACAUUGAAGGGGAGCAAGGAGGUUAUGAAGCUACAUAUGAUGAUUUGCAGCGGUGGGGAGUAGCUUAG